AUGCGCCUUAAAAAAGCAGCAAGAAUAAUAUUAGUCGGCGCUCCCGGAGUAGGAAAGGGCACACAGGCAGAACGACUUCUACAACGAUUCCCACAACUUUCUGCUAUCAGUUCCGGAGAUUUACUGAGAGACAAUGUUAAAAAUCGGACUCCGCUAGGGAUUAAAGCAGAGAGCACUAUACAGUCGGGCUCCCUCGUGCCCGAUGCCAUGAUACUUCGACUUAUCCUUCACGAAUUGAAAACUCGUGGUUGGUUAUUUCCCUCGUCUACGCCGUCGAUGACGCUAGCGUCUAGCGCUGCAUUUGCGUCCUCCUCUGAAUUCGACACAGACUUAUAUGUCGAACAACCAUCACUGGCAGAAGCUUUGUCACCACCCCAAACAUCCAACGAACCCUCCGCUUCUUUCAUACUUGAUGGUUUUCCCCGCACAGCCGGGCAAGCUUUUCAACUCGAUUCACUGAUUCCAAUAAACCUCGUCGUCUCCCUCAAAACUCCAGCCUCUGUUAUACUGGAGCGCAUUGCGGGCCGUUGGGUUCAUGCACCAUCUGGUCGAGUCUAUAAUACUACAUUCCAUGCACCCAAGGUUCCUGGGCUUGAUGAUAUCACCGGAGAAAAGCUGACGAAGCGGCCCGACGAUUGCGAAGAAACAUGGAAGACACGACUCAAGAAAUUUGAGGAGACAAGUGAACCAUUACUUGAACAUUACGCGCGAAAAGGAGUCUUGUGGGAAGUUGAAGGGAACAGCAGCGAUGAGAUAAGUCCCAAGUUAUACCAGGAGUUUGAAAGACGAUUCGCAGAAAUAUGA